AUGGAGAAGAUUCGGGAACAAUUUGCCAGCUUGAACAUUGUUAAACGCUGCUCAGAAACUAAAGAGCCUACUUACCUGCUUGGCAUAGACACGUCAAAGACUGUACAAACAGAAAAAGGAAGCUUGGUUGCUGUUUUAUGUUCUAGUGGAUCAAUCAGAAUAUAUGACAAAGAAAGGUUAAAUGUACUACGAGAAUUUAGAGGGUAUCCUGGACUUAAUGGAGUCAAGUUUGCGAAUUCCCGUGACACUGUGUAUUCCUCAUGCACGGAUGGCACGGUUAAGUGUUGGGAUGCUCGACUGGCCAGUGGAAAACCUGUCCAGCUGUUCAAGGGUUACCCUUCCAAUACUUUUAUCAGUUUUGAUAUCAGCUCUAAUGAUCAUGUCAUUUGUGCUGGUACAGAAAAAGUUGAUGAUGAUGCAUUGUUGGUAUUUUGGGAUGCAAGAAUUAAUUCUCAGGACUUGUCUACUGCCAAAGAGCCACUUGGUGCAUAUUCAGAGACACAUAGUGAUGAUAUCACUCAAGUAUGUUUCCAUCCCAGUAAUCCAAACAUGGUAGUCUCAGGAUCAACUGAUGGCCUGGUAAAUGUAUUUGAUAUUAGCGCGGAUAAUGAAGACGAUGCACUGGUCACAACCUGUAACUCGGUUUCAUCAGUAAGCUUUAUUGGUUGGUCUGGGCAAGAUUAUAAACAGAUUUACUGCAUGACACAUGAUGAGGGAUUUUGUUGGUGGGAUCUUAAUCAUCUGGAUACAGAUGAACCAAUUACAUGUUUGAACAUUCCAGAUGUCAGAGAAGUAAUUAACGUGAAAGAAGGGAAUUUGGACUAUUUGAUUGGUGGCCUAUAUAAUGAAAAGAUGGACAAAUUGUUUGUUGUUGGAGGGACAAACACAGGAAUUAUUCACAUAAUGAGCUGUAUGACAUCAGGGUUGGUCCAUGUGACCAGCCUUCAAGGAGGGCAUGCUGCUACAGUCCGGUCCUUCUGUUGGAAUAUGCAGGAUGAUUCUUUGCUAACUGGAGGAGAAGACGCACAGUUGUUACUUUGGAAACCUGGAGCAGUAGAGAAGACAUUUACAAAGAAAGACAGCAUGAAAAUAGCAUCCUCUGUAUACCAGCGCGUUCGCGUUCACAGUAAUGAUUCUUAUAAGAGAAGGAAAAAGCAAUGA